AAAAAUAGGAGGACAUUUUGGGACACAUAUCUAGAAUAGUGAAUUGGUCAGUUAUGCCAUACGAAAUUGUGUCGUGAAGUAUUGAAAACUACGUCAUUUGGAAUUUAAAAAGAUAACUGGUGCCAAAAAUACUCAACUUUGCUAAUGCCGACUAACGGUCAAGUACUAUCUUUCAGCACUUGCUCAGCAUGAUAUUUCAUUUUAUCUGUUAAAAAACGUAAUCAAUAUUCUUAUAUCCGAAAAUUGAUUAAUGGCAGAGCACUAUCUGGUCAGAUACCAAUAUCGUCAUUGAUUCAUGUGUGUUUGCUUAGUGGCUUCUGCUAUUUAUAAGCAGAACUAGGAAAAUAUUUGCCAUAACCACAGAAGUACUAACAAGUGUAUGUCUAAUAUCAUGGGCUUUUUCAAACUGUUGGGAAUCUCUUUAAUAAUUCUUUUUGCUAUUAUCUUUUUACCUGGAUUGCCGCCAUGGAUGACAUUUCCAUUUGAAUCUUAUCGUGUUACUCCUCCACACGAACUCGUUGGUUCAUUCAUGCCGAACAAUUAUCUGGACAACGCUGAACAUAUUUUGGUCGGGAAAGUGAAUGGCCCUGAAGGUUUGAUUGCAAAGGAUAAUAUUUGGUUCACUUCAAAUAACGGCGGUGAGGUCUUAAGGAUCGAUGGUGAGGAGGUGACAGUUUUAGCAAAGUUUGGAGAAUCUUGCGAAUUACCCUAUGAGGAGGCAAAAUGUGGGCGGCCAUUGGGGUUGGCAUUCGACACUAUCGGCAACAAUCUAAUUGUUGCAGAUGGAUAUUAUGGCCUCUGGUCAGUGGAUCUAGUCAACGGAGAUAAAACCCUGCUAAUUUCCCCUCGACAAACUUUAGAUGGUCUUUUGAAGAGGCCAGCUAAAGUAUUCAAUGGAGUUGCGGUUGAUAAAAAAGGUGUAAUUUACUGGACGGAUUCAUCAUCUGACUACGGGUUCGAAGAUGGAUUUUUUGCGAUGCUUGCUAAUCCUUCUGGAAGACUUUUCAGGUAUUGCCGCUGGAUGAAUGCGUCAACAAUGCUUCUAGAUGGAAUCAACUUUGCCAAUGGUAUCGCUCUUAGUCCUAAUGAAGAAUUUCUUGUUGUUGCUGAGACUGGCUCAUCGCAGCUUUUAAAAUUACAUUUACGAGGUCCUUUCAAGGGGCAAAAGGAAAUUUUCUCUACAGCACUUCCUGGGAACCCAGAUAACCUCUCCCCGGAUUCCAAAGGCAUUUGGGUCCCUUUAGUAAUGGCCCGCGACUCUGAAAACCCAGCAGUUUUCCAGUUGAUCUCUAUUUAUCCUCGUAUACGUCGAUUCAUCUUACGAAUAUUUGCACUUUUUGAGUUACCUUUCCGCAUGUGGAAUGCCAUCCUGCCUAACGUGUUUUGUAAAAAAGUUCUUUACGCGACCGUAAGUUUUAACAGUUUCAUCGAGUUAGUGCCUACCCGAACGACCGUGUUACGUAUUGAUUGGGAAGGAAAUGUGGUCGGUGUACUACAUGGCUAUGAUAAGUCGAUUCGCUUCAUUUCACAAGUCCUCCAAGAAGGAGAAGCAUUAUAUUUAGGGUCACCGUUUAAUGAUUUUAUAGGGAAAAUUACCUUGCCAAAAGAUUUUAAAGUAAUCAGUAUCGAAAAGGAUUCUUACGAUAAGAAUAGAGUAAAGCAAAACAGAGAACAUGAUGAAUUAUAAGAUAGACUUAAUCCCGUUUUAAUGUUAUAUUU